UGCCCAUUUGUCAUGGCUGGCCUUGUUACCGGACACGGCACCUACCCACUGCGUACUACCCCUCCUCUACCACCGCCGCCUACUUGCCGGGAAACCGACCCGAUUCCAGUGGCUCGGAUGUAAAUUGAUCCAAACGGCGUGCCUCAUGCCGCACCCGCCGCAUCCCUCUAUUAAAAUCUCACCGGUUUCUUUCCUCGCCGGCAAUCCUCCUCCUUCUUUCCCCUCGCCGAUCCCAGGUCCCAAUCUUUUCCUUCUCCGCCCUCGCCGCCGGCCAACAUGAUGCACAUGACCUUCUACUGGGGCAAGUCCGCCACGAUCCUAUUCGACGGCUGGCGCACCUCCACGUGGCUCGGCUACCUUCUCUCCCUGGUGGCCCUGCUCCUCGCCGCCGCCUUUUACCAGUACCUCGAGGCCUUGCGGGUCCGCGUGAAGCUCAUCGCGGAAGGAUCCGCCAAGCCAGCCUCCUCCAUCCCUCCACCCGCCAGCUCCGACCCGCGGACGCCGCUCCUCGCGCCCGCCUUCGCCGGGCGCUGGCCGCCGCGUGUGGCCGUGGCCGCGAUGUUCGGGGUCAACUCCGGCCUCGGCUACCUCCUCAUGCUCUCCAUCAUGUCGUUCAACGGCGGCGUGUUCAUCGCCGUCGUCGUGGGCCUCGCGCUCGGGUACCUCGCGUUCCGCAGCAGCGACGGCGAGGAUCUCGUCGUCGUCGACAACCCCUGCGCCUGCGCGUAAGGGUGUCGGGCUCGCCGGAUUGCCUUGUCCCCAGGUUUGCCUUGCUUGUUGAUGUUGUAGUAUAACACAGGUAUCAUAAUAAAAAAUCAUGUACAGAUCCAAUUGUGCGUUUGGAGGACUUGCAGUGUUCAGGUGUGUUUGGGGUGCAUUGUAGGGUAAAGAAUCAGAUUAAUGUAUCUGAGCCUCUGAGGAGAUGGUUUAACUGUUUUUGAGAUCAAAUUUGACAAGCUCUAGAAUGAACAUAUCUAUUUUGUUUGCGAUGUUACUAAUCCAAGAAACGGAAAGGCCAACUGCAUGGAGUAUAUAUAUCUAUUCAAUUUGGAAGAAUAUGAAGAUAGCUAGCUUAGGCUAUCUCGAUCAGCUCUAUCUCACUUUCACUCUAUAAACAGUACUACGAUGCAAAACAAUGUUUUACGCGGUCAUAUACACAAUCUAUUGGACAGAUCCUUACAUAUGAUCACUAGAAAGGGAAGGCUUGUCCUCUAUUGCCUGUUUAUGAAUUGUACCCCGUAGCUACCUGUCCCUACGCCUGUAAGCCUGUUUGUAAAGUACAGCAAAAGGUAAUGGAUGGGGAAACCAUUGUUA